AUGGCUGCGCAAAUAUCAGAAUCCGAUCAGAUAAAACAGUUUAAGGAAUUUCUCAGAACCUACAAUAAACUUACAGAAAUCUGCUUUUUAGACUGUGUUAAAGACUUCACAACAAGAGAAGUGAAACCUGAAGAGACUACGUGUUCAAAGCACUACUUACAGAACUAUUUAAAAAUGGCACUAAGAAUACCCAUGAGAUUUCAGGAAUAUCAUAUUCAGCAGAAUGAAGCUAAAGCAGGACUCCUUGGCCAACCACACUAG